ACCUCAUGGAAGAGCCUCACUUUGCUGCUAUGGAAGAUCCACCUCGCGGAUUCUCUCAAACUUCUUCAAUGACACUCUCAUAUGGUUCUGCAGGCUGAACCAUGUUCGUUGGGGUAGCUGCAGGAUCUUGUGCUGUCUUUUUAGAGCCUUUACAGCAAUAGUACAUCAUAGAGUUGAUGAUGGCUGGAACACCAAUCUGUAAGGAGACCUUUAGUCCCUUAGGUGUUGACAGAUUGAAAUCCAUAUUUAGAAGUCUUUCCAUGGUGCUCUGACCACUCUCUGCUAACGGAGCUCCUCCGAAUGUGCCAGUGGAUGGAAAACUGAUUAGGUUCAAGACGAUGAACAUUGAAUAGAGUAAUAUGUUCCUGCCAUGUAAAAAUCAGUUUAUUAACAUAACUUUUUUUGAAAUUAGUUAUAAAAAAAAAUAAUUUCUUAGUGGCAUUUGUUAUUUUAAAGGGUGGGGCUUCGUCGGUAAGCUUGAGGAAUUCUCAUUUCUUCACCAAAUUGCAUUAAACUUGUACCAAAAUGUUCACAAUUCAACAUACAAUCAAUUGGAACAAACAAUUUUGUAGAUUGCUUCCCCAAACAAAAACCCCCAAUUCAAUUUUUUUAGGGUUCUUCCCUCCACCAUAACAACUUACAAAAUACAAACCUCCUUACAAUAACGAACUUUGAUUCCUUAUUACAGCUAGCUUUAUAAAACCACCUCAAAACUCCAUUUACACCCUCAGUUCUCAGCUCAAGCUCACAACAAUGGCGUUUCUCUCUCAAAAACUCUCUUUCCUCUUCUUCCUCCUAGCCAUCAUUACCUCUUUCAGUCUAACUUCCUUCACCAACAACACCUCAACCCCAACUCUCGGUGUAACUAUCAACCAUCUCCCCUCAUCGGCCACCCCUGAAAGCAUCGUCGCCGCCGUCACCCACCUCCGAAUCGUAGCCGUACAACUCACUGACCCAGACCCAGACCCCAACCUCAUUCGAGAUUUCAGAAAACAACAAUGCUUCAUUGAGACAAUGGGGAAUUUUCUACCCUAACAUGACCAGCAAGUAUGAUCUACAGUUUAGUGGGUCCUAUGCAAGUAAUGGCCAUGGUUUACGCAUUAUAGAAGUCGGCAUUAUAGGAGUCUCACUCCUUAUAAUUCUCCUGACUAGGAACAUAUUACUCUAUUCAAUGUUCAUCGUCUUGAACCUAAUCAGUUUUCAAUCCACUGGCACACUCGGAGGAGCUCCGUUAGCAGAGAGUGGUCAGAGCACCAUGGAAAGACUUUUGAAUAUGGAUUUCAAUCUGUCAACACCUUAGGGACUAAAGGUCUCCUUACAGAUUGGUGUUCCAGCCAUCAUCAUCUCUAUGAUGUAUUAUUGCUGUAAAGGCUCUAAAAAGACAGCACAAGAUCCUGCAGCUACCCCAACGAACAUGGUUCAGCCUGCAGAACCAAAUGAGAGUGUCAUUGAAGAAGGUUGAGAGAAUCCGCGAGGUGGAUCUUCCAUAGCAGCAAAGUGAGGCUCUUCCAUGCAUUUUAUUUUACAUGUUUUGUUACAAUAAAGGUGCUUUGAUGUACGUUUGACUGAGGAACUUGUGUUACAUCGCAUAUUAUUUCACAUAAAUCUGCAUCAGAUAUCUUGCAAAAAUUAGCACAUAAAUCUUCAUGAAGUCACCUACCAUAUAUAGCUAAUAUUUCUCUCACAAGCUACUGCAUCACUCCUACAAAGUCUUGAGAUAAAUACACUAAAACGCAUGUGACAUGCACCCUCGGAGAUUUCAGCUGUGGUUGACCUCAAAAUAAAAUGAAUAUAGUCCUGCAUAAAACAAAAGCUGCAUUUCCGGAUAAACGUCUUGGUGUGGGAGCCUUUAGGAUUGCACUGGAAAGUAUAUUCAACAGAAUUCAUCAUACUCCACUUGAGUGUGUAAUUUAUGGAAAACCUGAGCCUAUUGCUUUCAAGAAUGCAGAAGCCACUUUAAGACAAAUUCAUUGCGAUAUGAAUCAUGAGUCUCUAGACGGUCACUUGAACAGAAAUCAAUCGAAGAAUUACUUCAGUGCUCUUUACAUGGUAGGUGAUAAUCCAUCAGUCGACAUAAAAGGUGCAAGAGAGGCAGGAGAUCCUUGGAUAUCUGUUUUGACCCGAACAGGUUUGUUCCAAGGUAAAGGAAAUCACCAAGAGUUUCCCACAGUUCUGGUUGUGGAUACAGUGGAAGAUGCUGUUGAUUUCAUUUUAGAGAAUGAGUUCUCUUCAGGCCGUUCAGGGUGUUCAUCUGUUUAAUGUUAGCAUUACAAUGCUUUUAAGAAGCAUGUACGAGCAACCGACUCGGAGCACAUUACCAUUCUUUUUGAUGCAUAUAGAAAUUAUACCCAAUUUUAGAAUUGUAUCAUCAUCUAUUCAUCUGUAGUUAUCCUACAGCAAGGAUGUGAAAUCCCCUCCUCAUCAAAUCUGUAGGCUUAUACAAUAAUACAAUAUGAAGUACAAUAUAGGAUUCUUUUGUCUUUAA